AACCAUAUCCACCAAAGAAAGCAACAUGGCAUCUUCUAUAGCAGCCUUUGAGUCGAGGCAGGCUCUCCCGUCCACAUCGAACAGCCCUGCUCUCGAUGUUCGCGGUCACACCCUAAUCCUUCCAUGUGUGUCAAUCGGAAACGUCGGUCAAUUAGCAGUAGAUAUCUUACUAGCAUCAACACUUUCAACAGGAGAAAAGGCGGAAUACUUUUGUGACUUAGAUGCACGGUAUUGUGUUCCUUUCGUAGGUGCUUCAACAGAGGCAAAUCAUCCAUCUCUUCGUACGCCUUUACAAGUUUUCACAUUUCCAAAAUCGAAAUUGACAAUUAUUCAACAAAGAAGUCCGAUCUUAAAGACACACAAAGAUCAAUUCGUUGCCAACCUGGGGAAAUGGGCACAAGAGAAGGGUUUCAGUGAGAUUAUUUGUUUAGCUGGAAUAGAUGCAGGUCUUCGAACCGAUACACAAAUGCAACAUCCCUUUUGGCAUCUCACAUCUUCUUCAUCCCAAUCGGUUUCAUCAUCUCCACUGAGCGCCUCUUUUGCAAAGCUUUUACCGGUCUACACGAGGGCAAACACUCAUGCAAUUCAUGAGCUCACAAGAAACACAGGCGGCAACGACGAUAGCAUCCCGCCAAUGCCUGCCGGUGGAUUAGUACGAAAACUUCUCAAAGCAGCCAAAAAGGAACCGAAUUGGCUACCAACAACCGCUCUUCUCGUCUUUGCAGCCGAAGGAGAUAAUCGUGCAGAUGCAAUGGCAAUGGCCAAACUGAUCGUCAAUACAUCGCAAGACAACAAAAACUCUCAGCUAAGCCAACCUUCCGAUUGGAAUUUGUUAUUUGGUCCGCCUCUGGAACCUGGUAUGUUUUGAAAAGGACGCACAAACUUUGUAUGAAUAAAAAAACACUUUUUUGAAUUUCUUUUUAGAUCACUUCAUUUUGCGGCGAAGUGUAUGUAGUUGUACAUGAAAUGAAACAUUUUUAUAUAAAUAAUUUGAGAUUGCCAACGACACCGCAAAGCACUCGUAGCAAUAUGUUCACCAUCCUUUACGCAACCUCUCCUUCCUCCAACUCAGAUUGAGCACGAGAAACAGGUCUCUCUAGCUCAGUCGGUGGGACAUCUGCAACAACUUCUUUGCUCUCCUCGGCACCUUUAGCUUCUUGGCUUUCAGCCUUUGUAUCAGCACCAUCGGUAACGAUUUCAACCUUUUUCUCCCCUCCAA